AUGUCUUCCUCUCAGGCACCAGCUUCGGCAACGGAGCAAGGAGCGGGAGUUCCGUUGCUAACGACCUCUGCCGGAGCGGUAUCGAAGAAGAACUCGAUCCUCCCUCUCUGGCUCAUCUACAUCAUCCCCGGGGCGCUGAUCCUUGUCAACUACGUGGUGUGCGUUGUGUAUUUGAUGAAUCAUUACGGCGCGAACGAUGCUAAUCCUGACCAGAGAGGCGGUUUCAACCUGUGGGGCUCGAUCUACGACAAAAAAUACACAUGGCUGUACGCUCUGUAUCAAAUCGGUUUUUUGGUAGCAGCAUCCGGCUUCAUAAUGAACAUGUACUACGUGUUCACGGUGGCGAGUCUGAUUCCCACGAAUUUGUAUAGUAAACUCUGUAGCGCCAUGGCGGUCUUCAUGGUGUUCGAGCAUCUAUGGAUGCCUGCGUGUUGCCUAUACAUCGGGGACCCGAAGAACAGAGACUGGCUUUGUUAAGGCUACUUACAACAACAAACCAGCGUCUUGUUCUGAUCAUCCAUAGUGCCUUUUUCAAAGGAAAAAGAAGCAUCAUGAUGUUGCUCCUGAAGAUUAUAGGUUUUAUCUCUUAGUAAAUAUAAGUACUUAGUUCGAAGGUUAUAGGUUUAUUCUCUUAAUAUAUUAUAGUUCUAUGUUCUAACUCUGGUGGUUCAUUUUCGUGGAGUUAAAGAUUUGCGCGCUGGCGAUUAUCGCAGUCGCAGUCUGUACGACUCUGAUUCCACCUGAACUCGCUGAGUAUGCAAGCUGGAAAGGCGGAGAGGAGACCAAAACCUCAGUUAUGGCCAACAAAAUUAAUGAGUGUCCAUAUUUUUUAGUGUCCAAUUAGAGAAUUAGAAGAUUAGUGUCCAAUUAUAGAAGAUCGAUGAAGAUUAAAACAGUUCUUCUUCUUCACACGACCCGCUUCGUAUUCGUUACUGAGUAUAUCCGCAUCAUCAUCAGCAUUUUUUCGGUAGGACCCUUCUCAGGAUAUCAAUCGAUACCCUUUUACCAAUUUUAAUUGUUUCAUCUCAGAAUGUUGAAAUACAAAGGUCGGAAGAGGGGUCGAGAUGAGUUGGUUUGGCUGAAAAAAAGCUGGUUCUAACUCGGAGAACGGAGGCGGCAGGACCAAGAGAACAGUCGGCGUUGUCGGUUCGUGGAUGAUUGCUGCUCAUUGCACACUCUUAGAUGGGAUAAUGUGGCCCUUCUUCUUCAACGACGAUGGAAGGUUCAGCACAAUAAAAAGAUUAGAUCCUAACUACUAA